UGACGUGGUACCCAGUCCUGCCCGGGGGUAGUUUAGCCAAGAAAUCAGCUUCCAUCAGGGAAAAGGCGAGGGCCGGGGAGUAUCCGUCUGCUGAAGGAGCUGACGAUGUACCAGCGAGUAGCUUUCAGAAAACCGUCAUUUCAACCACACACAAAGCAAGUGAAAACAGCAGGCAAGCUGACCCCUUCACAGAGCCAACUUCAGCCCGGCAGGAUGCAAACAAAAGGAAAGUUGAUUAACCAUCCACAGCGGUGACUUCAACCUCCAGGCCUGGCCCAGUACUGGUGGAAGUCAUGAGCAAUUCCGGAAGUGCAGAGCCGGUGAGUGACGUGUACAUUCUCAGCUGGAUCCUGGCACGGCUUCAUCUUCGUCUCCACAGGUUUUCCCCAAUAAAUGAGUCUCAGAAUCUUGGCAGGGACUCCAAGCGUGCACACAUGUCUGCUAGGGGUGUCGUGUUGCUGCUGGCUGGGGUAAUCCUAAUUCAGUGACUCGUCGCCUUAAAUUCCACUCGUGUCUUCCGGUGUUAUGAAAGCCACGUCAGCGCAGGCAGGAGAGGAGCUGGAGUCCCAUUGCCCUCUGACCCCACCUUCCUCUCCCUCUGGCCGCUUUCCCCCUGCAGGGGCAGCUGAGCAGUUGUGACAAAGACUGUGACCUUCAAAGUCUAAGGAGAGCGCAUCCUUGAAGCCGUCUUCACUAUGACACUCCACUUCCUUGAUCCCCAGCCUUUUCUCUGGCUACUCAUGGUGAAAAAGCUCCCUGUUCCUCUAUAACCUGUGUUCUCUUCGUCUGCUCUGUCUAGGAUGCGUAUCGCUCCAGUAGGUGCUGGUCUUGCUUUUGUUUGUGUAAAUACUUAUUAAACCUACAAAGUUUGGAAAUCAGAUUGCUGAUUGGCAAGGGACAUAACCUUGGUUUAGUAUGAAAUGGGGCCAGAAACUGAUGCUAAAGGAACAGGUUUGCUGGAGCACCUGCCAGACGGGCAGGCCAGAGCAAGUACGGGGAGGGGCACAGUCCUCCCCAGCCCCGUGGUCCCACACUUGGUGACCAAACUGGGGGCCAGGCUUGAGUCUAAUGUGAGAUCCUGCCUUCCGUCUGCCCCACCAAGGAAUACCUGCCCCAUUCCUUUAUUGUGGGUCCAUAGCAGCUCUAUGGAGAGGAAGAGGGAAGUAGGGAGGGAGGAAGCGAGGGAGGUUGGUUUUGCACUGCUAACUGUAAACACUUCUACUUGCGGCUUAUUGUAAGCUACUUGUAGCUGAGAGUUCUGGAAACUUUAAGUGUUUUCCACGCCGAAGGAGUCUGAACUUCAUUUCUUUUUCUUGUGAAUAAUAUUCCAUUGUAUGUAAGCAUUACUUUCGGUUGCUUUUUGUUUAUUUUUAUUUUAUUUAUUUGAAAGAGAGACAGAGUAAAAACUCCUGCCUGCUGGCUCACUUGCCAAAUGCCUGCCACAGUGGGGGCUGGGCCACCCUGAAGUCAGGAGCCUGGAACUCAAUCCAGGCCUCCCACCAUGGGUGGCAGGAACCUAAGGACUUGAGCCAUCAUCUGCUGCUUCCCAUCAGGAAGCCGGAAUGGGAAGCAGAGCCAGGACUUGAACCCGGGCACUCUGAUCAGAGAUGCUGCAUUAAACACCAGCUCUGCUUCCUCCUUUUAGCCACUAUGAAUAAAACCGCUGCAAACAUGGCCCCAAGAGUAUCUCUUUAAGACCCUGCUUUCAAUCCUUUCGCUAUAUGCCCAGCAAUCCUGUGACAGUUCUGUUUUUGAGGAACCAUUGUACCAUUUUUCCACAGCAGUUGCACCAUUUCUCGGAGUUCAGCCGUGUGGCCCUCUGCAUGUCCUUGUUGACAGUUAUUUGCUGUAUGUAUGUAUGGGGGGGUGUAUAUGUGCAUGUGUGUGUACAUAUAUAUAUAUAUAGCAGCCGUCCCAGUAGAUGUGAGGUGGAGUCUCUUGUGUGUGAUCUGCACUACCCUGACGACCAUGUUCAGCGUCCUUUGAGGUCCUGACUGGCCAUCGUUGCUGGGAAGCUGGAGCCGGGAGCUGGGCCUUGGAGUAGAACCCGGGCAUUCGGUUGAGGAGCACGGCAUCUUAACUGGCAGACUAAAUGCCCACUCCCCCUUUCAAUGCUUGAUGUCACAAAAUUAUAUCUUCAUACACUGCAUAUCCAGAAACAGAGACGAGUAUUUGGUUUCUAAAAUUGUGUAGAAAACAAAAUAUGGAGCAACAAAUAACAAUUAAAGUAACACUAGCUUUUAGACUAAUAAUUGUAUGUCAUAUUCAACCUUUUAUGGUCGUUUGAACUUCUAUGCAAACUAUUUAACAUUCGAGAGAGAAGGAAGAGGUGUUUUGAAACCACCAGGAAGGAAAAGGAGGAGAGAGCAGAAGACAGAAGGGAAAGAGGAGAGGGGAUGAGAAGCUGGUUGGCCCAGCCUCCCUGAGCCCCGCCGUAGGACUGGUUUUCUCCCUGUGCCUUGAACAGAACAACACUGCCAUUAAAUUAGCUCAUCUGUAGGAGCAGACUUCAUUCUUCCGUCUUCAAAGCUGAAUGUAGGCUUCCUGUUUUCAUAACUGGACCAGACCCAGGAAACGCAGGGGAGCAAGUGGAGUAUUUGGAAAGACUUGCAGCCUCUGGCACGGCUAGAAAGCCCUUCACACAGCUUUUCCCCACCCAGAACUGUUCUCUGUGCUGACUGGUCCCGCUGUGCUGCCUGCUCUCCAUUCAGAGAGAACAAUGGUUGCCGUGGGGUGUCUCCAGGAGGGAGGAGCAGGGCUGGCUGAUUGAAGACCCGCAGGCUACCUGCUCUAGUCAAGGCCCAGCCCUGCAGUGACUGUUCUAUUUUCAGGAAAACCCCUGCCCUACGCAGAGCUUCAAAUUGCUUUUUAACUGCGUCCGGGCCCCGGGGUCAUGCGCCACUGCGUUUGGAAAUGUGUCGUCGCAAUCCUGGCCUCAGUACUCCUGAGUGUCUUCCUCCACGAGCAGCUCUGUGACAACGGAUCUGAGCUGUUUGGGCACAAGAACACUGUGGUUCGGCAGAUGGUUCGGGAGCAGCUCAACUCUGAAGUCAAGAACCAUCUGGAAGCCUUCAAGGAGAUGCAGAAAACCUCCCCUGGGCUCCAGCACGCCAGCUACAAGCUGCUGGCUGGAGCCCCUCCCCAGGAGAAGAAACUGCUGACCGUGGGCAUUUCCUCGAUAGAGCAUCCUCACGGGAGCCACCUCCUGGACACCUUGCACUCCCUGUUCCAAGCUACCUCCGACCCUGAGCUGGCUCAUAUCAUAGUGCUAGUCCACCUGUCAGAGCCUGACCCCCAGCGGCUCUACAGAGCAGCUGCCAAUAUCUCAGGCCCCUUUGCACCGCACCUGGAGUCCCGGAGGCUGCUGGUGGUCAGCGGUCUUCUGGGCGACGCCCCUCUCCCGGGACCCCUGCCGCCCAGUCAGUCCUCGCCCUGUGAGGCUCUGCGUUCCCGGCAGAGAGAAGGUCACGCCCUGCUCAUGAACUUCGCCAGUGAGCUCUCAGAGUACUUCCUGCUGCUGGAAGACAACACACAGUGCACCCCCAGGUUUGUUUCUGCCAUCUACUGGACGCUGGUGGCCUGGAGGGAGCUGCACUGGGUGGUCCUGGAGUUCUCCAGCCUGGGCUCCGGGCAGGUUCUGCGCAGCAGCGACCUCCCUCGCUUCACCUCUUUCUGCCUCCUCUUCCCUGAGGACGCUCCCACUCACUUGCUGCUCUCUAAAUUCCGUCUUCUCUUGGCUCAAACGGUUCCUAUUCGUUUCGGCGUCUCCCUCUUCCACCACAUGGGCAACAGGUCCCAGCUUGAGGACGCCUGCUUUCCUGUGGAGGAAGACAGGGUCUUUGGGGAGGCGGACAACCCCGCCGCGGUGGUUCACACCGACAUGCUGUCCCUGGUGCACAUCGGCCCCCAGUAUGCCUAUGUUCUCAACGAGGAGUACUACUUCACCCUGGACCCUGUGGAAGGCAACCACCUGACCGUCAUCCUGGACAGCCCGCAGAGAGUCAACCGGGUCGCGGUGCUGACAGGCACUUCAGAGCAAGGGCUGUACCGGCUCCACCAGGGGCAAGUUCUGCUGGGCUCUGAGCCCAUAGGGGAUUCCGGGGGCUGUGCUCGCUACACCCUGCUGGGGCCGCUGGUGGGAGGGAAUCUGGACCAGAGGGUGUUCUACGAAGAAGGUGCAGUGGAGCAGCUGAGUUGUAUACAACUGCUGGUGUUAGAAUCUCAAGAGUCUUGGCUUCUGAUUAAGCAGAUCAAAGUCUGGACGGAGUAUGAGGAAGAGGAGGAGAGUUAGGGGGGACAAAGGGGACGUGGAAAGAAUCAGGCUUGCGAAUGGGGUCUGCAUGGUUGGAAAGAAAUAAAGCUAGAACGUAAUCAAAGGAUGCUCAUUCCAAGUAGGGUGACUAUGAAAUUUAUUGUCCAAACUGGGAGCCUUUGGAGAGGGAGAGGACGUGCUGUGAAAAAUGACACAGAGCAAGAGAUGGGAACCAGGGCCGAUCCGGGUACCAAGCGAUGGUGGCACCCCGAUUCUGAGUUCUCUAGGCUACUCUGGGUAGAUGACACUGUCUGAUGGGAGACGGACACAAGACAGAAUCCUUUUGUCUUCCAAGGGAGAGA